UGCCCUGUUCGAGCGAGACUCAAUUUCCUUUCCAAGUCUCCUCCCAUUGCAAGUUCUUAGAAUUCGAGACGGUUGAGUAAUUGGGUGAAGGAGAAUCAAAGAAACCAGUUCAAAAUGCAUUCAUUUGGGUACAGAGCCAACGCUUUGCUGACCUUUGCGGCCACAAUACUCGCCGUCAUUUGUGCUAUAGCUUCCUUCUCCGAUACCCUCAAUUCGCCUUCACCCACAGCACAAGUUCAGGUUUUGAGCAUCAACUGGUUUCAAUGCCAACCCAAUGGAAACGAUGAGGUUAGCAUGACUUUGAACAUAUCAGCUGACUUGCAGUCAUUAUUUACAUGGAAUACAAAGCAGGUUUUUGUGUUUCUUGCUGCUGAAUAUGAAACCCCAGCGAACUCCUUGAAUCAGAUCUCACUUUGGGACGGUAUCAUACCUUCCAAAGAGAUAGCCAAAUUUCAGAUCCAUACUUCAAACAAGUAUCGUUUCGUUGAUCAGGGAAGCAAUCUGAGAGGCAAAGAGUUUAACUUGACAUUGCAUUGGCAUGUGAUGCCAAAGACAGGCAAGAUGUUUGCAGACAAAUUGGUGAUGUCUGGAUACCACUUGCCAAAGGAAUAUAGAUGAGGAGAUUUCUCCAUUCAUUGUAAUUUCUGAACUAAACUUUUACAUAGGUUUUAGCCUCACCUUGUUAAUCAACAACGUUACAAACACUGAACAUUUCCUGAAGGGAACAGGAAGAGGAGGAAUUGAAGUGUGGCGUUUUCCAAGGCCAUUAUGAAUUGAUAUAACACAGUUUGGUUCUUUCCCCCCCCCCCUCCAUGUCUCAAUUACAUAGUCUUUGUGGUGGCAGAUGGCCCUAAAUUUAGGUACUGAUCUA